AUGUCGGUACCGUAUCCGCCAUGGUUUAAUGCGGCUUUUCCCAUAGCAGAACCGUCAUCUCCGUCACGUCGGAUGAGAUUCAUCGAUAGCGAGGAUGAGUCCGAAAUUGGUGACAAUCGCAACGUGAUUGGUAUGGAAAAGCAAUACCCGACCUCUAAAUAUGGCACAAGGCGUCGUACGCGACUCGCGCCCUCUUUGGCGCCGAUUCGUGAGCCCUUCCGCGAAUCUUUUGCCGAGUAUGCACCACCUAACCGCGCCGUAUCCAUGGACUGUGUCCGUGAGGCUGGCGCUUCCGCUCCGGAAGUCGCGCAGCCGGCACCGCUAUCGAAGCGGCUUUCCUCAACGACACUUAUGAGUUCGGAGAACGAGUUCAAAGUAAUGGCCGCCGGAAAGCUGAUCGAAGCAAUGGAAAAUCUGAAAAAAGCCGAGUCAAUGCCGUUCCGUGGCUCCACCGAGUCGUUACCAACGUCGGCGCAUAGGCGGUUACCCCAUGGGAGGUCGGCGUUUGAUCUACUGGGGCAUAUUCUGAAGAAGAGGGGCUCUGAGAGGUCGCUGAAUAAUCUCGUCUCUUCACCUAUUCUGAUAUCAUCUACCUGCAGUGCGGUUUCGCUUCAGGAUAUCCCGAGUGCAAAUGGUGAACGAAAACGGGACAGUAUGCAGACGAGAGAUAUUAUGAAGGAGAUGCUCCAAAGAGCGGGUCCCUACCCGCAAAUUGUGCUUCCACCUACCGGCUUCUGGAUGGAUGGCGUUAGUCAGAACAAUAUGUAUCUUGAUCAAGAGAUCAUGGGAGUGAACACGAACAGUUGCGCCAGAUUCAAAUUGGAAACAGAUGAGACCAGCCAUUGCUAUCGACGGUACUUCUACGGAAGAGAACACCAUGACUUUAUCGCAAUGGAUCCAGCCAUUGGACCGCUGGUACUUUCCGUGAGGACUGAAGUGAUUUCGUCGCAGGACCACUUUAGAAUAAUGCUACGCACAAAGAAAGGCACCACUCAUAAGAUCAUCUCAGCUAGUGCCCUAGCCGAUCGACCUUCGGCCUCACGUAUGGCUCGAUUACUUUGUGAAGAGAUUACCACCGAACAAUUCACGCCAGUCGCUUUCCCAGGAGGAUCAGAACUUAUUGUGCAAUAUGAUGAGCAUGUCCUCACCAACACCUACAAAUUUGGUGUGAUCUACCAAAGAGCAGGUCAAAUCAGCGAAGAAGAACUGUUCGGCAACGCUCGUGGUGGUCCAGCAUUCCUCGAAUUCCUCAACGUCCUAGGCGAAACGGUCGAACUUCAAGGUUUUUCAGGCUAUCGAGGUGGACUUGACACCGUUCAUGGCCAAACGGGGCUACAGGCUGUGUACACAGAGUUUCGUGGUCGUGAGGCGAUGUUCCACGUUUCCACAAUGUUACCGUACACCUUGGGGGAUCAACAGCAACUGCAGCGAAAACGGCACAUUGGCAACGAUAUCGUGGCCAUUAUCUUCCAGGAGCAAAACACCCCGUUUGCUCCGGAUAUGAUCGCCAGCAAUUUCUUGCACGCGUACAUUGUUGUGCAACCGAUUGAUGCGCUCACGGAGAAAGUCCGAUAUCGGGUGUCUGUGGCUGCACGUGACGAUGUGCCCUUCUUCGGCCCAACAUUGCCAGCUCCAUCAAUUUUCAAGAAAGGGCAAGACUUUCGAAAUUUCUUGCUGACCAAGCUGAUCAACGCUGAAAAUGCUGCGUACAAGAGCGCGAAGUUUGCGAAGUUGGCUGAGAGAACGCGGUCCUCACUGCUGGACAGUCUUUUUACAAAUUUGAAAGGACGUGCUGAGUUUUAUGGUUCACCAUUGCUUGAAACUACCGAAUCUUCUGGUGGUCUAUUCAGCUCAGUGAAAAAGGCGCUCAUUGGGAGGUUGGUCAUUUUUGUAUAUUUUGGAGCUAUUGUAGCGCAUUUGCUCGGAAAGGAUCCCGAUCAGUCUCACAAGAAGUGACCGCUCCGGCUCGAACAGUGUCGAUGACAACCCCAACACGAACAUUUUCGGUCCCGAAACGAGCGGCAAACUCAGAACGAGACAAAAGUUCCAGCUCCAGUGGUACUAGCUCACUACGACGAGACAGCCCUAUUCACGAUGACCAAAGCGAUUCACAAGCAGACGACGACACCUUACCAGCUACAGUAUCACCAAGUCGAGGCGUUCAGCGGAGAAUCAUCAACCGACAUUUGGUAGCGAAACCUUCAUGUCGCCCGCAACCAAGGUUGGAAUGGGAGCUUUCCUCAGUCGAUAAUGACUCUCCUGAGAAUGAAAUUGACUCAGACACCGGCAUGGAGUCGAUGUCAUCAACUGACCAGCCUUCGACUCGACUAUCCUGCACAUUCUGUGCAGAUGACUGUCAUACUGUGGACGCGAAGAAGUUGGAGUCACUAAUGAUGGACAUUGAUCGGCUAAGCGGCGAGAAGUCAGACCUUUUGCGGCAGAAUGUGUCGUGCAAAACGGACAUCAAAAAGUUGAAAGAAAGGCAAAGUUGCUUGUCGGACGAGCUGGAGCGAGCGAACGAAGAGAUAGCCAGGCUUCGUCGAAUGAUCAAACGACCGUCGCAGGAGACAUCGCCGGCUAUCCAUCAGACGAGCCAUGAAAGAUCCUACAGUGACGUCUCUGUAUAGCUCUCAUCCUCUUGCAGUAUACUGUACAAAUCCGUAUCUCAAUGGUCCCAAAACAUCUUCCGCAAUCUUUCAAACUAAAUUUUCUACGUCAAAUCUACAUAUCCGGUCUCGUCGCGCCUAAAUGUGCAUAUAUCUUUGAAAUCUACCGCAUUCAGUAACUAGUCGCUCGUAUGCCCCGACAUACCAGUCGUCGCAAACCCAAACGAUCCAAAUGAGCUAUUUUUUGACCUCUGCUGCUCCUAUAUACUCCACUCUCCAUCUUCUCGCUCCCAUGAUUUCUUAACGACUUGAUUUUUUUUUCUAUUUUAUUGCAUAAUAAUGACUUCAUAAUUGUGUUCGCGCAUUCCAGGGUAUCUCAUCGGGGUAAAUUCUCUCGUAACUUCCCCCAACUCUAUAUGUUUAUGUUUUGUGUUCUUUGUUCGAACUGAACGCGUUCGCCUUAUGAAUUAUUUUAUUUGUUGUAUAUCGAUGCUAAUCACAU